AUGGGAAUUGAUUUUGACCUUAAUACAGUACCUGUGGAAGAAGGUGCUGAAAAAUUUGAACAACAGACGGACUCAUCCAAUGAAAUUGUUGCCAGUCAAUCAAUUUUUGAGAAUAUGGAAAACUACACUAGCUCUGAUGAGGUCAUAAACCAAGCCAUUGGUGACAAGGAGCUAGAUCCCGAGGAGGGAAUGUGCUUUGACACAUUAGAAGAUGCGCGUACAUAUUAUUAUCGAUAUGCGGCUAGGACUGGAUUUAUCGUCAAAAUAAGAACCACCGGCUGGGAGACUAGAAAUGAUCAGAGGGUGGUUGUUAAUCAGGCUUUGCAUUGUAACAGAGAUGGAUAUCGCACAUCCCGUAUAAAGGCACCCAAGAGAAGAAAAAUUGUGGCCUUAACAAAUUGCAAAGCCCGUUGCUAUUUGGCAUUAGAUAAAAUGACAGGACAGUGGAGAAUUUCUCGAGUAGAGGUAUCCCACUCACACCCGCUUAAUCCGAAGCUAUCUGGAAUGUUCUCAGCAAACCGUCAGCUAAGUAUGCAUAUAAAGGACCUGAUACAGCAAAAUGACCAAGCUGGCAUUAAACCGAGUAAGACGUACUAG